UCUCCUCCGCCUUCUCCCCCGGUCAAUGCUAAUUUAGAUCCUUGGGACGUCCCUUCCCUUCCCUAAGCCCUGAACCCUAACCCUGACUUUACCCCUUACCCUUACCCUCAUCUUGACCAUAGCCCCAACCUAACUCUAAACUUAACCUUAACCCCUAGCCGUUUCAAAUUUAAACUUAAAUUGGGUGACGUCAGAGUUCAGAGUCCUCACAAGGAUCCCGUUUAGACAUCUUAGUUUUUUAGUAUCUCCCUUUGAGUUUACGAGAUCUCCCCCCGAAUCCUGAGCGAGGCAGUCACAGAAACGAGAGGCGAUACCCUCCUGCACAACAUGGCUACAAUUGUAACCUCGACCAGAUUUACAGACGAAUAUCAGCUGUACGAGGAGCUCGGAAAGGGCGCCUUCUCCGUUGUCCGGCGAUGCGUUAAAAAGUCCAACGGCCAGGAAUUUGCUGCUAAAAUUAUCAACACGAAAAAACUCUCAGCAAGAGAUCAUCAAAAACUGGAACGAGAGGCCCGCAUCUGUCGCCUGCUCAAACAUCCCAACAUAGUACGACUACACGAAAGUAUCUCAGAGGAAGGCUUCCAUUACCUUGUCUUUGACCUUGUCACCGGUGGAGAGCUGUUUGAAGACAUUGUUGCCAGAGAGUAUUACAGUGAGGCCGAUGCCAGCCAGUGUAUCAAUCAGAUCCUGGAGAGUGUCCACCACAUGCACCAGCAUGACAUUGUGCACAGGGACCUCAAGCCAGAAAACCUGCUCCUGGCCAGUAAGCUGAAGGGAGCUGCAGUGAAGUUGGCUGACUUUGGGCUGGCCAUCGACGUGCAGGGAGACGAGCAAGCAUGGUUCGGUUUUGCAGGCACUCCAGGCUACCUCUCUCCAGAGGUCUUGAGGAAGGACCCCUACGGCAAGCCGGUGGAUAUCUGGGCCUGUGGUGUGGUCCUGUACAUUCUCCUGGUGGGCUACCCUCCCUUCUGGGAUGAAGAUCAGCACAAGCUCUAUCAGCAGAUCAAGGCUGGGGCUUACGAUUUCCCCUCCCCAGAGUGGGACACGGUGACCCCCGAAGCCAAGAACCUGAUCAACCAGAUGUUGACCAUCAACCCUGCCAAGAGGAUCACUGCUGACCAGGCUCUCAAGCACCCAUGGAUCUGCCAACGUUCCACAGUGGCUUCCAUGAUGCACCGCCAAGAGACUGUGGAGUGCCUGCGCAAGUUCAACGCCAGGAGAAAACUCAAGGGAGCCAUCCUCACCACCAUGCUGGUGACCAGAAACUUCUCAGUGGGCCGACAGCACACCAGCCCUGCGGCCACCACCAGCACAGCUGCUCUUGCUUCAGAAGCAUGCAAAAGUUUACUCAACAAGAAGUCGGAUGGUGGAGUGAAGCCGCAGACAAACAACAGUAAAAACAGUGUAGUGAGCAGUACCAGCAGCACCAAAGACAGCAGCAUAUCAUCUUCAGCACCAAUGGAACCACAGACCACUGUCGUGCACAACCCAGCUGACGGCACCAAGGGCUCUACAGAGAGCUGUAACAUCACAGAAGAGGAGGAUGUGAAAGGUAGGAAAGUGUCUGCGUGCGGGUCUAGCGUGGACAGUGCAAUGGUCAGCCAGUGCAGUGCCAGUGAGGAACAGACCCAGGCUCAGCCCCCUCACUGCCCACCCGCCUCUGCCCCACUGCAUGACGAUGCUAAGCACACUUUUGCUAAUUGGAAAAGUUCAGGUCAUAGCUCCUGUCCUGACUUAGAGCAAGCUCUGCCUGCGCCACCCUCCGUGGCCCCAGGGGGCAGCAACGUGCAGCUGACUCGCAAACAGGAGAUCAUCAAGAUUACUGAGCAGCUGAUUGAGGCCAUCAACAACGGAGACUUCGAGGCUUACACGAGAAUCUGUGACCCCGGACUAACCUCGUUUGAACCUGAGGCUUUGGGAAACCUGGUGGAGGGCAUGGACUUCCACAAGUUCUACUUUGAGAACUUGUUGAGUAAGAACAGUAAGCCGGUCCACACCACCAUCCUGAACCCCCAUGUGCACCUGAUCGGGGAGGACGCGGCCUGCAUCGCCUACAUCCGCCUGACCCAGUACAUCGACAGCCAGGGGCGCCCGCGCUCUUGCCAGUCAGAGGAGACCCGCGUGUGGCACCGCCGCGAUGCCAAGUGGCUCAACGUGCAUUUCCACUGUUCAGGAGCGCCUGCCGCACCUCUCCAGUGAACCUUUAUCAGACACAGCUUUGCCUGAAUUCUGAAACCGAUUGGAGCAUUUUCUCAGUGGUCGGAUUGGCGCCAAGAGCCCUGCCAGAAGAGAACGCUUGGAAGUUUAAAAUCGAAGGGGAAAAUAUAACAAAAUAAAAUAUUUUAAAGCCGACCGACUGACAACACCACCACCACCAAUCCAGUCCAACCCUAGCUAUAUGUUGGGGGCCGGCUGUAGCUGAAGCCCUGCCCUCCGGACGGUGCAUGCUUCUGACGCCCACAGGGGGGCGCUGUCUUGUCCUUUUCCAUGGAUCCAUAUUUUUUGGCAGUUUUGAAAGGUGUUUAAAGUAUUAACAUAUGUAAAAUAAAUUAUCAAAAAACCUUCACAUUUAAUCAGCAGGUAUGGUAGUAAUGAUUCAAGAAAAUAAAUGUGAAUUUUCUAUAAAAAAAAUAGAAAAAGGAGAACACCCUAAUUUUUGUGGUGGUUGUUUUUUUGUUUUGUUUGUUUCACAGUUAACAUAUCUAAUUAUUUCUGUUGUUGGAUGCAAACAAAUGCUAGAAGGGAUCAUUUAUGAAAAACAAAAAGCUUGAUUCAAUCCGUAUCGCAGGUUCAGCGCUAUGGCGCGAUUGAAAUUUAAAGGUCAUUUUUAUGAUUGAGCUGACCGAUGCAGCGUUUGCCGUGAAUGCAGUCUCCACGAACGUGAGCACAUUGCCUUUAAAUUUCAAACGCGUUAUAGUGCUGAACAUCCGCGAUACGAAUUGAACCAAGCUCUAAAUGGUUACUUACAGUAAUAUCAACAUUUUAGACAUUGUUUUAAUGUAGAUGUUAUCUUUUUAUGGGUCGGGUGCAUUGCAGAAGGGACUCUGUUUUUUAGUAUUCUGAUGUGUUAUUGUGGACCUCUUCAUUUUUAUCCCCUGAAAGAUGCUGUAUUUGAAAGUAUUUUGUGUGUGAAGAUUUUUUUUAUGGGGACUUUAUUUAAUAUAGUAAUGUAUACAUUCAUAUUUAUAAGGAGAAAGACUUUACUUUCAGGGUUUGGAUGCGUGUGUGAGAGUGAAGAUGUGUUCUCAUGUCCCUAUAGCUCCCUUUUCAAGCUCGUUUGCGCUUUGAGAUCCCCAGUGUAUAUGCACACAUGCAUGCUCACACAAGGCCCAAAAUCCAGCUCACUGUGCUGUGCCCUUUGGGUAUGUAGACCAGCCAGCUCCUCCAGCAACAGGCCACAUUCUCCUGACCAGCACAACCUGAAGUUGCAGAACACUACUAUUGGUUCAGUGUGCCGAGUUUGCCUUCUUCCUUGGGCCACUAGAGGGCGCAUGGCACAAUCAAGCCUACUGCUACUAUUCUGACGGAGACCCCAAACCACAAACUCUGAAAGCUCGUACACCUCUCCUUCCUAUUGUUUUCUACUCUGACUUUAACAUGUUUGAUAAAACAUUUUUUGGGGGGAAAUAUGGAAAAAUGUAAUCAAAUCUAAAAUGGCCGGUACUGUUUGGCACAAACUUGAGACUCAAUGCUGUUCUGUUCACUCCCCGGAUGAACGUUUCUGCAACUUCAGGUUAAGCUCACUUACUCCUGGGGUCUCUACCUGUGUUUCUGUAGUUAGUGACCCUGCUAAUCAUCUUUCUAUUAGCGCCACUCAGUGUGAUAUCACCCUUUGCCUGUCUCUCUUGUUCUGGUCCCGGUCCUGUUCUCGAACAUUGUAUAUUGUCCGUCUUCGCUUGCCAUACCUCUCUGUAAAGUCAUUGGCACUAAAAGCAUGUGAAAAUGAAAAUGCUGUAAAGUGGGGUGUUGAGUUGGCCAGUGGCUGGUGGUGGCAUGUCGAACAGCUGGCUGGGGAAGGGCCGGGAGGUGGAUCUGGGGGCCACGCUUAAGGCAAUCAAUAGAUUGGUCCCUUUAUCCCGGUUUCAGUUGUAACUGUUCUAGAUGUUAGUGUUUGUACUGUUGGUAUUAUUAUGAAUAACCCAUUUCUUUUUGAGAUUGGAGCUGGAAAUAUGGGGAGGCAGUUGAGGUGGGGGUUGGGGCUCAGGCAGCUGGCCAAUCACACCCAAGCCUCCCCUGUCCAACCCAAUUCCCACAAUACACAUAUGUGGAAUCAACACACACACAGUGCACUCCCAAUGCAAAUUAUAUUUGAAUAUAUAUAUACACUGAACAAAAAUAUAAACGCAACAUGUAAAGUGCUGGUCCCAUGUUUCAUGAGCUGAAAUAAAGAUCCCAGAAAUGUUCCAUACUCACAAAAAGCUUAAAUAUCUAACAUUUUGAGCACAAAUUUGUUUACAUCCCUCUUAAUGAGCAUUUCUCCUUUGCCAAGAUAAUCCAUCCACCUGACAGGUGUGGCAUAUCGAGAAGCUGAUUAAACAGCAUGACCAUUAAUCUGGUGCUCCCUGGGCCGUUAAAACAAUAAAAGGUCACUAAAAUCUGCAGUUUUGUCACAUAACACAAUGUUGAGGGAGCAUGCAAUUGGCAUGCUGACUGCAGGAAUGUCCACCAGAGCUGUUGCCAGAAAAUGUCAUGUUCAUUUCUCUAGCAUAACAUUUUAGAGAAUUUGGUAGUACGUCCAACUGGCCUCACAACCGCAGAACACUUGUAACCACGCCAGCCCUCCUCAUCCUGCUUCUUCACCUAAGGGAUCGAGGGGGCUGCUGCUGAGGAGUGUUCUUAUGUUUUACCAUUAACGGGAGGGAGGGUGCUUCUGAGGAGCAUUUUUGUCUGUAAUAAAGUCUUUUUAUGGGGAAAGAACACUGAUUGGCUGGGCCUGGCUCCCAGUGGGUGGGCCUAUGCUCUCCUCCCAGGCCCACCCAUGGCUGUGCCCCUGCCCGGUCAUGUGAUUAGAGCCUAAUUUAUGUAUAUGAACUGGAACUCAGCAAAAUCUUUGAAAUUGUUGCGUUUAUUUGUUUGUUAUGAGAGACACACAAAAAUACAAUCUCCCUUUAAAAACAUAUCUUUGUGAUAAUGGUAAAACAUUGGAACACUGUUUUUCACUGUGUUGUAGCAACUUGUGACUUUGUACCGCCAGAGGGGUGAAGCUUGCUGUUAACCCCUUCAUUUCUGUGCUAAGCAGCUCCAUAGUACUGGCGUUCCAUUGAACCUGUGGAAGGCCGGGCACCGAAAAGACAACAACCUACCGAUGAGACUCUUGGUCAUAGAAAAUGAUAUCACAAUAUGUUGAAUGAAACACGUUAAAACAAAACCUGUGCUCGGUGUUCAUAUCAUGGUCACAACUGGCCCCGCCCACCCUACUGCGCAUUGUGACAUACCUGCCAUGAAACUGUUUCCCUUUUGCACCAUAAUGCAUUGUAUACAGUACUGAACUGUGUGAUGUUUUUUUGGCUCAAAUAGUUUUUCCUGACUUUGUGCUGUGGGCACUGGCCUCUCUCUCCCACUGGGCCUGAUGCUUCCAUUCAUUGCGUCGGUGUUCACACAGCCAUGGGAAUGAGAACUACUAUGCGGUUUACUUCAACUCUUCAAAAGAAUUCAAAGGGAAGAAGAGGAGAGAAAUAGUUAUUGAGGGAAGGAUAGUUAACCUUGGAUUAUCUAUAGCCUACCUAACUAGCUAGCAGGACAGGAAGAGGGCCUUGAUAUACUUACAAAAACAAAUACUGAAAAAUACAUUAAAAGCCACACACUUUAACAACUAUAUAUGCAGUUUUACAAGAGAAAGAAAUAUGCAUGUCUACUUUCUGGUAAUAUUUUUCACUGUCUGUGUUUACUUGAUUCAAAAAAUGGAAAUCUAUAUGUUACUUGCAUUCUCAAGGUCAAUGAAAAUGUCUCCGUCUCAAAUAUUGAAAUGAAGUGAUAUCACGUUUAAAAAAAAGUACAAAAAAUAAAAUCAAAAAGCUAUAUUUGCUUCAUUGUAAUCAUAUAGUAAGGAUACAUAUGACUAUACUCCGUUUUCAUUUGGAUGCUGGAUUUUUGCAUGACCAUAUAAUAAAUAAAACCAUGACUUAAACGAUCAAGUGUUUGUUUGAAUGUUAGUAGAUCAUCAUAGCUUUGUUAUUAUGGAAACGAUCUGAGAAGUAUUUCAUUAAAAUUACAUUUCAACAUAA